AAUCCAGGUGCCCAAGGAAAUCCUUAGGCAGAGGUUUUGGGUUAUAUGAUAAAAGCAAGGGAUAAAAACAGAAAAUUUGGGAGAUGACUCACCACUUUUACCACAGCCCCGUAAGAGUUGUGUCUAGCUCACUGUUUGAUACUGCGUCAGAGGCAUUGUAUGCAAGAAUCAAGAAAAUUAAGAGGAAGGAUGUUGAAUGCCAGGCGUUCUUUAGGAAGGUCAUAAAGAACCCCAUUUUCCAGGUCCUCAUGAUCAGCACCAUCACGUCCAAUGCUGCCUUCAUGGUCUUGGGGACUGAUUACAGCAUAAUGUACAGACUGUUCAGACUCUUUGAGGUCUCAGAGAUUAUCUUUGUCUCCAUCUAUACCUGUGAGUUCUUAAUGAAGGUCUAUGUGGAGCCCAUUAAAUAUUGGAGGGAUGGCUAUAACCUACUGGAUGUGGUCGUUAUCCUUAUUAUCUUGAUACCCUAUUCCCUCCGAAAGAUCAAAGGAAAACAUUACAAAUUCCUCCAUAUUGCUGAUGGUAUACAGUCUCUGCGAAUCCUCAAGCUUAUCUCCUACAGCAAGGCAUCAGGUAUCCCUGCCUUGCAGACACUCAUCACUGCUGUGGGGCAGACGGUCUACACGGUGGCCUCUGUGCUGACCCUCCUCUUUGUGCUCAUGUACAUCUUCGCUAUCCUGGGAUUCUGCCUGUUUGGAAUGCCAGAGAAUGGCGACCUGAAUAACUGGGGGAACCUGGCUGCGGCUUUCUUCACCCUCUUCAGUCUGGCUACGGUUGAUGGCUGGACAGACCUGCAGGAACAGCUGGACCAGCGGAAGUUUACUGUGAGCCGGGCAUUUACCAUCCUCUUCAUCUUGCUUGCUUCCUUCAUCUUCCUCAACAUGUUUGUGGGUGUAAUGAUCAUGCACACAGAGGACUCCAUCAAAAAGUUUCAGCGGGAGCUGAUGGUAGAGAGGCACAUGACGCUUAUGGAGGAGAAGCAGAUGAUUCUGAGGCGCCAGCAAGAGGCGGUCAACAGGCUGAUGAACACACAGGAAAGCGGUGGCAAGAGCUUCACUGAGCUGGUGGAGGAAUUCAAGAAGACCCUGAGGCACACGGACCCCAUGGUCCUGGAUGAAUUUGGCACUAGCCUGCCCUUCAUCGAUGUCUACUUGUCCACUCUGGAUAACCAGGACACUACUAUCAACAAGCUUCAAGAGCUGUACUAUGAGAUUGCCAACGUGCUGUGCCUGAUGCUUGAAGACUUGCCGCCCCGGGAAAAGUCGUCCCAUAGCUCGGAAUUCAUGAUUUAGAGGUAGUUGGGCAUGUGUGGCCUCAAAGGCUGUGGCAGUUCCAUUAAACACAGGCCUUCAGAGGUGGCUUCUCAAA